UUAACGGGUGUUUCAGGCUGAAGAAAGAUGUACUGGGGAAAUCAUGUUAGGAUUCUUUUCACUGUGACUCUGCUCUGGCAGGCUGUCCAUUUAGGAAAAGGCCGUGAAAAAGAAGAACUUGAAGAAAAUGUGAAAAGUCUCAAUGCCACAGCGCAAAAGCAGCAACCAAAGAACGAAGGGACUACUAUAAAUGCUUUCAGUGACAUGAAUCAGAGUUAUGAGAGCAGAAAGGAACAGAAUUCCCUGGCAGUGGUACCUUUUACUGGGAUUACAGAGAGUAAAAAACUGAAUAGACAUUGCUGCCAAAACGGAGGGACCUGUAUCCUAGGGGCUUUCUGUGCCUGCCUAAAGCAUUUCACUGGCAGAUACUGUGAACACGAUGAAAGGCAAAGCAACUGCGGUAGCAUUGCCCACGGCGCCUGGGUGCUGAAGGGCUGUUGGCUGUGUCGGUGUGGAUAUGGUACUCUGAACUGUCUCUCAGAAAUAAUGCACGAUAACUGUGAACUGAAAUCAGAAAAUGAAGAAAUUACCAGCCUGUUUUCUAAUGGGCUACGAAUACAGCAAACAGUGUUUGCACUUGCUUGCCUGCUCACCAUCCUCCUGGAGCUCUGCUAUUGGCAGUUGUGAAAAUAGACAAAGGGAAAUACCCUCACGAUGAGUCAUACAACUUUUUUCCUCCUGUGAGCUACAAAAGAGACUUCUACCUACAUAUAGGAGGAAGAUUAUGACAUACUAGUUAAUGCUGAAAUGCUUGGAUUAUUAUAAAUUCAGAUUAUAUAAAUAUUAAGUAUUUAUUAUUAUAUUUUUAUUACUAUCAAUGUCUGAUUCUAACAAUUUUUUAAUUCUAAAGUACUUUCCUUCCAGAGGAAGCAA